GCGACAAUCAGGCUUGUAAACAAUAUAUGUGCAUUUGUAGUUUAGGGUUCCACCAAGCAUGGCCACAUUGAUUGAACAGCUCAUAAAUAAAAUGGGUCUGCGAGACGAGCCUAAUGUCUUGGAGAAAACCACAGAGCUAAUGCGUCUUUUGGAACUGCGAUCAACUAAUGUGCCCCUGCAAAUCAACGAAUAUGGCAAAAUUGUGUUGUGUGGUGAUCUUGCAUCUACAAUCUUAGGGAUUGCCUUUGACAAGGAGCAGGCUCUCAAGCUGUCAGGGCUCCGUAAAACUCAUUACAUGAACAACAAGCGCAUGUUCGAAAAGCUGCUUGAUCUUAAUCAACUGGCGAGCGUUAAGGAUAUAUGCCUGCAACUUGGAUUGAACGACGUGGCGCGCAAGGCUGAGGAGCUUUUGCAGCUGUACAAUAACAUUGGAAUAACUGAGAAUGCAGAUAUAGACAUUACACAUCCACAGUAUGCUGCUAUGGCCGUUUUUUAUGCAUGCCGCUUGCUGAAGAGGAAAGUCUCCAAAACAAAAUUGAUGCCGUUUAGCAAUUUACGGCCCUCUCAGUGGCAUCAACUGGAGCAGCGAUGGGAGCGUUCCAUAUCCAAACAUCACAAAGACCCCAUUUUUACUACGGACGUUGAGCGCAACUUUAAGCAAAAUCAAGAGGAGAAUAUCGCAAAUGGAUCGAAGAACAUAAAGCCACAGAAGCCGGAAACUGAAGACUACGAGAAAUGGAAAUCUCGGAUGCUGGCUAUGGCUCAAGCUAAGCUCAGAGAAUUAGACUGCACCGAAUCGUCUGAAGCUAUAGUCACUAAAUAGAUGGUUUUUAAAUCGAUAUUACUAGUAAGUACAUAUACAUCAAUAAAACUCGUUUAUAAUCAAAAAUUGUCAAAAUAGAGAGAACAUUACAAGUUUUUACAAAA